CCGGCUAACCCACAGCCGCACUCCUCCCUCGGCUCCUCGCCGCCGCCACCUCCUCCCCGUCCUGCAGCGGCGCCCAUCGCGUCACCUGCUGGCCGCCCUCGGGGGUGGCUGCGUCCGCGGCGACGACGGCGGCCUCGUCGUCCCCGGAGGCCGCGGUCGGUUGUCUCCCCAUCCGCCUCUCUUCCCACAGACGAGACAGACAAGCGCGGACAGAGCCAAGGAACCAUAGGCUCCUUCCUGUCAUCCUUGUGGACCCCUCCCCCGCUCCCCGGCGACGACCCCGACUCCGCCGUCGUCGCCGUCCACUCCAAGCUCGCCUGGGACAAGCACUGGGAGGAACACCGGAACGCGUCCAAGCUGAUGGUCAUCGACUUCUCCGCCUCCUGGUACGGGCCCUGCCGCUUCAUCGAGCCCGCCUUCAAGGAGAUGGCCUCCCGCUUCGCCGACGCCCUCUUCGUCAAGAUCGACGUCGAUGAUCUCGCGCAGAGGACAAGGGCUUCAUGGCCAACCAAGGCGCAUGGUGCUCGCAAGCGACGAAUGGAGGUUGUUCGACAUAGGCACGGAGGAGGAGGAGGAGGGGCACGGACGGAGGAGGACAGAGCACCUCUCUUCUUCUAGGUUAGUGAGUAGCAUUAGGAGGAGGAGCUCAAGCACGACCACCAAGAGGCACCAUCGCAGCAGCAGAUAAGUCCGUCGAUGAAGCGGCAGCGUCUCCUCUAGAGGGUGAUGGUGGCGGCGGGGCCGGCGCCUGUGUGCGGCUUCGACUACAAUCUCCUCUCCAGUGCCACCGGACGCAAGGGUGGAGCCUAUGCCUCCUUGCUGAAGCUUCUCGCUCUACACCAGUUUAUGGUGCUGCGGAUGUGGUUAAGAUGGCGUUCUACACUAUGCUUCUUAUGUUGCAUGUGAAUGGGGGUGAGUAGAUAGAACUGGAGUGUUCUCAUAGGAAUGCAAGUUGUUGCAUCUGGAGCACAUGAGAUGUGCUAAUACGAGUUGGAACAAUAUGAUGUAGUAGUAAGUUAAGGCAAAUUAUGUAGAUGAUGUAUUCCUAUGUAAUUAAAUGAUGUAUUCUCUAUGUACAUGCUGCUUUAAAUGACAUGAAGAUUAUGGAAA